AUGUCGGAACAAAGCCACCCGGUACCAGGUACCCUUCUCGCUCUUGCUAACGACAUUCGUGACAAGACACGCGCAAUCACAGACUAUCUCGAGGCAAACAGCCUUACUGAGCCUACUUUUUCAACAGAAUCAGUGGCACGGCCAGAGACGCUCGACUAUGCCCGGCUGCAGGGCGACCUACAGCGAGCCGUUGAGGAUCUCCAAUAUCUCGUGGAGGGCCCUAAGAGACACCUGAGGGCACUGUGUUGUCAGGGCUAUGAGCUCGCUGCUAUUCAAGUAGCUCUCGAGUUCAACUUUUUCGAACUUGUGCCUUCCUCGGGCCAAAUCUCGUUUCAGGAGCUGAGCAAGCUUGCCGGCGUUGACCUGGACAGAACAAGUCGCAUUGUGCGCCUCUUAUUGACCGAGUCUGUCUUUAAAGAGCCCACGCCUGGACAUGUAUCCCAUAAUCAAACAUCCUAUCUCCUCCAUACGGACCAAGAGAUUCGGUCAACAGUGCACUACACUGUUGAUGAAAUGCUCAAGGCAGCCUCCGCCACCGCAGACAAUAUCAAAGACUCACCAGACAAGUAUAACAGCGCCGUGACCCCGUUUACCACGCGUCAUGGCCUGCCCAUAUUCAACUUCUAUGAGAAUGAUUCCCUACGGUCCAUUCGUUUCGCCAAAGCAAUGGCCGGAUGGGCCAAGCUAAAUCUUAACAUCAACGCCCUGCGAGAUGCUUUCCCUUGGGGAACACUGAAAGGUACCGUAGUGGACGUAGGCGGCGGCAGUGGCAAAGUAUCCAUUACACUAGCUCAGAGCUUUCCAGACCUAAACUUCAUAGUGCAGGACUCCGCCGAUAUGCAUGCUGCAGGCCAGCUCUUGCUUACCGAUGACGUGCGCAGCCGCAUCACGUUCGCACAGCACAGCUUCUUUGAGCCGCAGCCUGUCAGCAAUGCAGCCGCCUUCAUCCUGCGUGCAUGUGCCCUAAACUGGUGUGAUGCUGAUGUGAUUACAAUGUUCCAAGCCAUGGUACCAGGUCUGGAAAGGUCACCGCCAACAACGCCGCUGUUGAUCAACGACCUCAUUGUACCUGUGCAGGGCUCGCUGCCGCGUGAAGUGGAACGUGGCAUGCGUCAGAUUGACCUCAUCAUGCUGGUGUGCUUUGGCGGCAAGUUGCGCACGGAAGCCGAGUUUGGAGCCUUGCUCAAGCAGGCUGAUGAGAGAUAUGAGAUUCGCAGCUUCCGCCCCGACGGGCUCAUGGGUCUUCUUGAAGUCUAUCUUCGCCGGUGA